AUGACAGCCACCUCCAAAGAUUGUUCCCACAUUGGAGGAAUUAUUCUGAUGACCGAAGACUUCAUAUUGAAAGAAUCAAAAGCGGCCUUAAAAGUUCUAAACUGGUUCGGAAAUUUCCUAGGGAGAAAGUUCCCUGGGACUUGGAAGAUGUUUCUACGGCCGAACGUGCAGCACUGGCUGUUUGAUCUUUGUGGAAGUUGGCCAGACGACACACUGUGGAAGAUGUACCAGACGAUCAAGAACCUCAUUCCAGAAUAUCCCGUAGGACACUACAACACCUACCGGCGCGAGGGCUCGCCGGAAUCAUUAGACGGACUCACUGAUGAUGAGGGGCAGCAUCACCCCUUCAUCUCAACUCGCAUGAUACCGGAUUACGGCUCACGUCGCGCGGACGACCACCCGAAUAUCCCCAAAGGACUAACGCAAAAAGAGAGAGAUGCCGAUCACCUUAUCGAAUAUUUUGCGGGUUAUGCGUUGAUCAAUGCGGAAAGAUUUCGACGGUUUGUAGUGUUAACCACAUAUAAGCCGCAGCCGCGAUGGCAAGCGUGGGCCCAUAUCGAAAUCAUGUGCUACCCAGAAUUCAAGCGAGAACUCAUGGCAUCCCCUACACACAAUGCCAGCAAUAGCCAAAGUGGUAAAAAUAAUAAGAGCGGCAAAUACGCCCACCAUUCCCUUUCCAGCUCCGGGCGUGGCGGUGGUCACGGGCACGACCGCGAGAAGGUCCCAACGACAGCCUCAGAGGCAGGGCCAAUAGAUGCUUCAUUCUAG